CCCUGCCCGGACACCGUCCUUCCUGAUGUGGGUGUGGACCACUCUCACAGAUGACUACACAAAUAAUGGAGGAGAAGCUACACUGCUAAUCUGUUUUCUUUUUUUUUACAAGUUAAAACAAAAUACAUAGUUUAAUUGCGGAUCCGGCUCGCACUCUCUUCCUGGUUGCACCUUGUAGCUGGGAUGCUUUGUCAGAAUGGGAAAUCUUUUUGGAAAAAAGAAACACAGCCGAGUGACAGAACAAGACAAGGCUGUUUUGCAACUGAAACAGCAAAGAGAUAAGCUGAGGCAGUAUCAGAAGAGGAUCAACCUGCGGCUGGAGAAGGAGAGAUUUUUAGCUAAGCAGCUGCUGAAAGAUGGUAAAAAAGAUAAAGCACUCCUCCUGCUGAAAAAGAAGCGCUACCAGGAUCAACUCCUAGACAAGACGGAGAACCAGAUAGGCAACCUGGAGCGCAUGGUGCAAGACCUGGAGUUUGCCCAGAUUGAAAGGAAAGUCAUUGAUGGGUUGAAAAUUGGAAACGAAUGUCUGAAGAAAAUGCACGAGGUGAUGUCCGUUGAAGAAGUCGAACGGAUUAUGGAUGAAACCCAAGAUGCAAUUGAGUACCAAAGGCAAAUAGACGAGAUGCUGGCUGGCUCCUUAACACAAGAAGAUGAAGAUGCUGUACUGGCUGAGCUGGAGGCCAUAACUCAGGGAGACGUUGAGCUUCCUGAGGUUCCUGCAGAGGAGCUGCCGGAAGUCCCGGAGCCCACAGAGGAGAAACCAGAGAGGGAUCGUCCCAGAAAGAAGCCAGAGCGAGAGCUGCUCGCUGCGUAGGAACGUGACUGACCUGCUGGACCUUCUCCACAACAACAUUUAAGUCCUACUCAAACAUAAAACCACACAAGCAUUUGCUGGAGAACUCGCUCUCCUUCCGAGGCCUGCGAUAAAGUGACAGCAGCCGCUCUCAGAUGCUGGGCUGCCUCCAUCCCACCCGGCCGCCGUUUGUCCUCCUCUGCUGCAGGUCGACACAUGAAGGCAGGCGGGACAGGUUCACUGCAGUGCCCUCGAUUCAUUGGAGAAAUGCUGAUUUGACGUCAGAUAAUUGUGCCUAACCUUACUUUGAUUUGUGUUCUUUGAAAUAAUUUUACAUACAUUGAGGGUUUAACUUAAAUGCAUGUGUAUGUGUCACUCAUUGUAAUCCAUCAACUCAUCCUCAUGGAUGCAUCUUCUCCUUAAUGGAUAUGGUUUGUAAUUAAUACAGUCAAUUCACUCGAAUGACAAAAAGUCUUAUUUAUCAAGUUUUAUGUUUAUUGCGUUUUUGUUUUUAUUUGUCCAGAUUUUGAGACGUCCGUCUUGGAGAUUUCUGCCUCCACAUCAGGACAGUGGAGUUUAGUUUUCAUGGAAUUGAACAUGACAUUCAGAAAACUCAGCAGCAGCAUCUCGUUCCUGAAAACAAUGUCCAAAUCAGACAGGAUAACACCCAGGUCGCGCUGUGAGCAGUGUUUUUAUUGGGACUAAGUUCUACCAAAGACAUACUCUGAGAUUUUAAAAUCCACCUGAAAUGAAAUAGCUUGUUGUCUCUGCUACAUAUCUGCUCUGUAAAUCACACGUGCUGUGAAUCACAAACCAAAUAGGGAGAAUUUUCUGUUUUAUAUUUUGUGGUUUCAUCAUGACGCCCCAUUCUUAGUCUAAAUAGACAGAGAUUUUCAUUUCCCCUUGCUUUAGUAAUAAAAAAAUUCAAAAUAAAUUAAAAACACUGACACUGUGUUUUAACUGCAGAAAGGAGUGACUAAACGGGAUUUGGACUUAAAUAUCUGGGCGAAUAAAACCAAAGCUGGAUCCGUGUUGCCAGACCGCAGCAGGAUCGAGUGAUAAAAUGUAUUUCUUGUCAUUUUAGUGAACUGACCCUUUAAGGCGGGCUCGACGAAAACAUUACCCACGCCUCCGUGGUCUUUGGCAUUAUCUUCUCGCAGUACAGGCCUUGUCUGCCUCAGUCUCUGAGAGCUUUGCUUUCAUAUAAAGUAUUUGACCCACCCUGGAACGUUUUCUCGAAACAUUUGCAUAAGCAGAAUCUGUUUUGCAGAAUAUUCUCUCGGUCUGACCCCCUUUUUCAAGCAGCUUAACUAAUCUAAUUCUCUGCUCCCCUUGUGGAUUAGUUCAGUGUCAUUGGAGAAAGGGCUAAUCAUAUCGUCUAUGGGUUUACCUAUGAAGCCCAGACAACGGUUAAUCUCUUCAAGGGAAUAACUUGACAGAACCUCGAUGGGAGUAUUAUCAACACACGGGCCUGUAAUUAUUUUACUGUUAACAGAUAUAUAUGCUCUGAUUUGCUUGUAUAGAUCUGUGUUAAAUUGCAGCAAAAAUGAUGGCCUACAUUCGUGAGGCUUAAGCUUGUGUAUCUUUUGAAGAACUAAUCUGUAAAUCAGCUAAUCUUGAAGACAGAAAACACUGAUGACUAAGGCUGCAGACGUCAUUUCAUCUGCGCAGCAUCAAACUGGUCUUAAAAUUUGUUUUGGAAAUUUUACCUCUCUCUCUCUGUGUACAUCCUUUUUACAAUAAAAGUGUUUUUUUUAUC